AUGCUCAACUCCACCUCCUCCAGCCCUCUGGGCCUGCUGCUGAGUAACAGCAGCUUCACACUGACAGGGGGCGCUGUGGCUGUACCGAAAGACAGCUUCUCUAAUGCUCUGACCAAGAACAUAGUGGCCAUGUUGGUGUGGCUGACCCUCAGUGUCAUCAACAGCAGCAUGGUGCUCACCUUCCUCCGACACAGCCUCUUCUUUGAGAACCCUCGAUACAUCAUGUUCAUCUGCAUGGUGAUAAACGACGCUCUGCAGCUGACCCUGGUCACAGCUCUGUACGUGGCCAGUUACAUCUUCAGGAAGAUCCACACCUCCGUCUGCUGCCUCCUGAUCAUGACGGCGGUCCUGACCACCCGCUUCACCCCUCUCAUCCUGGCCGGCAUGGCGGUGGAGCGCUACAUCUCCAUCUGCUUCCCUCUGCACUACAGCCAGAUGUGCACCGUGCCUCGCACCCUCCUCCUCAUCUGCAUCAUCUUCUUCCUCACCGCCACCCCGCCCGUCACCGACCUCCUCGUCGCCCUCGUCAAGGAGCCCCCCAGUUUCUUCCACGCCACCAUUUUCUGCGACCACACGCUUCUUUUCCGCGACCGCUCCAUCUACUACAAGAACUGCGUGUUUGACGGGACGUACCUGUCGUGCGUGGCUCUGACGCUGCUCUUCACUUACUGUAAGAUCAUGCUGACGGCCAGGGCGGCCUCCACGGGCCUGGCCUCGGUGAAGAGAGCGAGGAACACCGUGGUGCUCCACGGGGUCCAGCUGCUGCUCUGCAUGCUCGCCUUCGUGGUUCCCUCCCUGCAGGCGGCGCUCAUCUCCCUCUUCCCUCGCUUCAGCCUGGAGAUUCGUUACAUCUUCUUCCUGCUCGUCUACAUCAUCCCUCGCUUCCUGAGCCCCAUCAUAUAUGGUUUCCGGGACGAGCUGUUCAGGAAGUACUGGUCCCGGGCCCUGGCUUGUCGAGGCCUCGGUGUCGUCAGGGUCAGGCCGGUGGUUCAGAAGGUCAACCUGAAGGUGAAAUAA